AUGAACCCGCCUUGCGCUCGCUGCGGGAAGACCGUCUACCCCACGGAAAAAGUCAAUUGUCUGGACAAGAAUUGGCACAAAGGCUGUUUUCAUUGUGACGUCUGCAAAAUGACUCUGAACAUGAACAACUACAAAGGCUACGACAAGAGGCCGUACUGCAGCGCUCAUUACCCUAAGACGUCGUUCACCAUUGUUGCUGACACUCCAGAGAACCUGCGCCUGAGGCAGCAGAGCGAGUUGCAGAGCCAGGUAAAAUAUAAGAAAGACUUUGAGGAGAGUAAAGGACGAGGCUUCAGUUUGGUGAUGGACACACCGGAACUACAGCGGCUACGGAGGACUCAGGACGUCAUCAGUAAUGUAUGA